GGGAUCCCGGGUCCCCGCGAUGACGCCGCGAGCUCGGCCCUCCGGCUGCGCGUCGGCCGCGUCCGGGUCGGUUCGGCCUCGGGGGCGGUCUUCGGCCUCCCAGGCCCGACGCCCACUCUUCGUUCUCGGAGGCCGGUCAGAGAAACAUGGCAGCUAGGCGAAUUGCACAGGAGACUUUUGAUGCUGUAUUGCAAGAAAAAGCUAACCGAUAUCACAUGGACCCCAGUGGUGAGGCCGUAGGUGAAGCUCUUCAGUUUAAAGCUCAAGAUCUUCUAAGGACAGUCCCAAGAGCAAGAGCAGAUAUGUAUGAUGACAUUCCUAGUGACAGCAGAUACACUCUGGCUGGAUCUGUAGCCCACCCUCGAGACACUGGGAGAGAAAGCUUAAGAGGUGAUGUGUUUCCAGGACCUUCUUUCAGAUCAAGCAAUCCUUCUGUAAGUGAAGACAACUACUUUCGCAAAGAGUGUGGCCGGGAUCUGGAAUUUUCCCACCCUGAUUCCCGAGACCAAGUUUUUGGCCACCGGAAAUUGGGACAUUUCCGUUCUCAGGAUUGGAAAUUUGCACUCCGUGGCUCUUGGGAACAAGACUUUGGCCACCCCGUUUCUCAAGAAUCCCCUUGGUCACAGGAGUAUAAUUUUGGUCCUUCUGCACUGCUUGGGGACUUUGGUUCCUCUAGGCUGAUUGAGAAAGAGUGUUUGGAGAAAGAAAGUCGGGAUUACGACGUGGACCGUCCAGGGGAGACAGACUCUGUGCUCAGGGGCAGUGGCCAAGUCCAGGGCAGAGGCCGAGGUCUAAACAUCGUUGACCAGGAAGGGGCCCUUUUAGGAAAGGGAGAGACUCAGGGCCUGCUCCCAUCUAAAGGGGGAGUUGGGAAACUUGUCACACUAAGAAGUGUGAGCACGAAGAAGGUACCCACUGUAAAUCGUAUUACUCCCAAAACUCAGGGCACCAACCAAAUCCAGAAAACCACCUCAAGUCCUGAUGUGACCCUGGGGACAAACCCAGGAACAGAAGAUAUCCAGUUUCCCACUCAGAUCCCUUUGGGGCUCAAUCUGAAGGAUAUUCGGCUUCCCAGAAGAAAGAUGAGCUUCGACCUCAUAGAUAAGUCUGAUGUUUUUUCAAGAUUUGGGAUAGAAAUAAUCAAAUGGGCAGGAUUCCACACCAUAAAAGAUGAUGUUAAAUUUUCCCAGCUUUUCCAGACUCUCUUUGAACUCGAAACCGAAACCUGUGCUAAAAUGCUCGCUUCAUUCAAAUGCUCCUUAAAACCAGAGCACAGAGAUUUUUGCUUUUUUACGAUCAAAUUUUUAAAGCACUCUGCUUUGAAAACACCCAGAGUUGAUAAUGAGUUUUUAAACAUGCUUUUAGACAAAGGUGCUGUGAAGACCAAAAAUUGCUUUUUUGAAAUCAUAAAGCCUUUUGACAAGUACAUAAUGAGGCUUCAAGACCGCCUUCUGAAGAGUGUCACACCCCUGCUCAUGGCUUGCAAUGCCUAUGAGCUGAGUGUCAAGAUGAAAACCCUCAGUAACCCCCUGGACUUGGCUGUUGCCCUGGAGACCACCAAUUCUCUCUGCCGGAAGUCUUUAGCCCUUUUGGGACAGACUUUCUCCUUGGCCUCUUCUUUCCGGCAAGAGAAAAUCUUAGAAGCUGUUGGCCUCCAAGAUAUAGCUCCCUCUCCUGCCGCAUUUCCAAAUUUUGAGGACUCUACUCUGUUUGGGAGAGAAUACAUUGAUCACCUGAAGGCCUGGCUGGUCACCAGUGGGUGUCCACUUCAGGUCAAGAAAACUGAACCUGAACCUACCCAAGAUGAGGAGAAAGUUGUUCCUCCUACCAAACUCGAAGUUCAGGCCAAGUCUCCGAGUGGUCUCAGUGAUGCUGUCCCCCAGCGAGCGGAUCACAAGGUGGUGGACACCAUCGAUCAGCUGGUCACUCGUAUUGUCGGAGGCAGCCUAUCUCCCAAAGAGAGAGCUCUUCUCAAGGAGGACCCUGCUUACUGGUUUUUGUCUGAUGACAGUAGUCUGGAAUAUAAAUACUACAAAUUGAAGCUGGCAGAAAUGCAGCGGGUGAGCCACACCUUGCCAGGAGCAGAUCAAAAGCCAACAGCAGCAGAGUGUGCGGUCCGGGCCAUGCUGUAUGCUCGGACAAUCCGGAGCCUCAAGAAGAGGCUCCUCCCAGGCCGCCGGCGGGGGCUGCUCCGCACUCAAGGGCUUCGGGGCUGGAAGGUGAGGAAAGCAACCACUGGGACCCAGACCCUCCUCUCCUCAGGCACCAGACUGAAACACCAUGGCCGGCAGGCUCCAGGUUCAUUGCAGAGAAAGCUGUCCCAGCCAGAUGGAAAUGAUACUGUUAAGGACUGCCCACCUGACCCAGUUGGACCCUCUCUUGGGGACCCCAGCCCAGAAGUCUCGGGCCUAUCCCCCAAGCCAGCAGGAGUGGAAGUCUCUGAAGCUCCUCAAUCCUCCUCUCCCUGCCCAUCUGCUGACGUUGACAUGAAGACAAUGGAGACUGCAGAGAAACUGGCCAGAUUUGUUGCUCAGGUGGGACCAGAGAUUGAACAAUUCAGCAUAGAAAACAGUACCGACAACCCUGACUUGUGGUUUCUCCAUGACCAAAAUAGUUCAGCCUUCAAAUUCUAUCGAAAGAAAGUAUUUGAACUAUGCCCAUCAAUUUGUUUCUCAUCAUCUCCACUGAACCUCCACACCAGUGAGAGCGCUGAUUCUCAAGAGAGCCCCCUUGAUCCCAUGGAAGGGGAAGGAGAGUUUGAAGAUGAGCCCCCUCAGCAUGAGGCUGAGUUGGAAAGCCCAGAGGUGAUGCCUGAGGAGGAUGAUGAAGACGAGGAAGAUGAGGAUGAGGAUGAGGAGGGGACCGAAGAGGCCUCCACUCCUAGAGGGGCCUCCAGGCAACCAGGAGGGGCUGCCAAGUCCGAGGGCUAUGAGGGCAGUCCCCCCCCUGAUGGCCUCCCAAGCGAGGCAGCCGAAGAUGGCCCAGCAGGUGCACCUGCCCUAUCACAGGCCACCUCAGGGGCCUGCUUCCCUCGGAAGAGGGUCAGUAGCAAGUCCUUGAAGGUUGGCAUGAUUCCGGCUCCAAAGAGGCUGUGUCUCAUCCAGGAACCCAAAGUUCAUGAACCAGUUCGAAUUGCCUAUGACAGACCUCGGGGUCGUCCCGUGUCCAAAAAGAAGAAACCCAAGGAUUUUGAUUUCGCCCAGCAGAAGCUGACCGACAAGAACCUGGGGUUCCAGAUGCUGCAGAAGAUGGGCUGGAAGGAGGGCCACGGCCUGGGCUCCUGUGGGAAGGGCAUCAGGGAGCCCGUCAGCGUGGGAACUGCAUCGGAAGGGGAGGGGUUAGGUGCUGACGGGCAGGAGCACAAGGAAGACACAUUUGACGUGUUCCGUCAGAGGAUGAUGCAGAUGUACAGACACAAACGGGCCAACAAAUAGGUAUGUGUGUGAGCUAGUGCAUGGGGCAUUCUGCCUAAGCUGAUGUGCUGGUAUGUAGAGAUGAUUUCUCCAGAAAAGUCAGUUUCAUUCCCCAAAAACCAAACACAGAACCACAUGCACACGUGCACACAUACACACACACAAAUGAAAAAAUUCUAUGAAGGCAACAGGGAGUGUUUGAAUGUGGAUGUGUCCCACCUUUCACCUUCCAGGUUUGGUUGAAGGAACGAGUCCUGUGCUUGAAGGUGGCUGCAUAGCUGUGUCAGCCCGACAGCGGGCCUUGGUACAGGGCUCCUGGGCUCAACUUCACGUGGCUGUCCUGGGGAGAGAAACCACCCCAGGAGUGGCCCUGCUGUCCUGCAAGUGUGAGGGUGAUCUGGAAGCCAGCGCCACACAGGCCAGCUGCUUUGCCACAUCCCUUUCUAGGCAUCUUCAAAUCCUUUUCCUUCUCAAGGGCCUUGGGCCCAUGUAAACAUCCCCUUCUUUCUCCUUUCUUUUUGGUUGCCUUCCCCACCCGUAAUUUCCAACUCAGUUUUGAACAAAAUCGUUCUCUUCCUGAAUAGAUGAAACCAUUGGUGAGAAAAAUAAGGCUUGAAGCAGCAAUUACUCUUAAAGCGCCACCUCUGCCCCGGAUCUACCCUGGAGCCAGUGCCCAAGUAGGUUUGGUGUGUACACAAGAAACAAGCGUCUCUGCAGUUCUGGUGUGGAGGUUCCGCUGGCUUUUCUUCUUUCUAAAGGAAUAAAGAAUGCACCAUUUCCAAUCUGCUUUGCCUUUCUCCCCACUCUUCAAAUGCUUGUGGCAGCCAGUCCUCUGCAAGUCUUUCCUGGUUCCCCCUCAGAAGGUGGGCGCCCUGUUAGUGCUCAGGAACCGACUCUUGUCAGGUUUCCAGUCCCAGGGAACCUUGCUCUCCACAGGUGCUUUGUUAGCAAACUUGAUACCAAAAUGAUGACAGACUGGCUUUUCAUCGUUUCAAGACUGUAAAUGGGGGAUGUAAUUCCAUAUUAGUGAAGUCCGCUCUGUUACCACAGCUUGCGAGUUGGAGCUUGGGAGCUCUUUGGACAAGUGGAGAUUCUUGAUUCCAUGAAUGUGUUAUUUAUGGAGUCUUGACUCUUAAAUGCAUCUCAAGAGAUGUAAUGAAGUUUAGCGACAGUAUAAUAGCGCUGUAUUUGGUGGGGAGUAAUCAUUAUGUUGAUGAAACUUCCCUCAAUUCACAUAUCUCUCUAGAAUCCACAAAUUCCUGUUUGCUUUUUUUAAAACACAUAUGGAGUCUCUUCUACCAGGGAAUGGAGUUAUAAACUCUUCAAGAAGCUUCAUUUCUGGCAUGCGCGGCAGAGUGUAAAGAAUUGUGUUAUCAGGGCCUUUGUACAGAACAGAAAGCGUCCUCUUGGGGUGGGCUCGCAGCUGCUUGCUAUUUCUAGCGUGUGAUUGCCGCCCUUCCAUCUUCUCCUGGCGCUCUCUCCUUGCAGCUACGUGCGACGUUCUCAGGCUGUGGGGAUCUCAAGCCUUCCUCAUAAAGCAGCAGUGUUGAAGUUUUAAAUAUGUGCUCAGAUCUGGGAAACUUGGGAUCGGAUCCUGCUGACACUGCAAGCUUUGGGGGGCACAGAAGUGAGUUACCAUGUUGGCCAGUCUUUGCUUUCUUAAAGCCACAGGCCCUGACUAUAGUCUCAGCCUCCUCUGGCUCUGUCUUGUGGAGCCCACACCCACCAUCACAGGCCUGUGCUGUCUCUCUUCAUGUCAGGUGGAGCCUCCAGGCUCUGCUUACUUCUAGCUGCUUCUGUUGCAUGGGCAACCAGCAGAUCUUUAUGCCCAGGGAGAUGAUGGAGGUGCCUCCGCAAAGUUUAAGCAGACUGCAGGGGUGGUGUGGUUUAGGGGAACCAUAGCUAUGGGGAAUCAUCUCCUUUCUUUCCUAAUCCUUCCAGUAGCCUUCCUUUUUGGCUGUGGGUUGGGCACCUGGAUGGAAAUCUGAGAACAGGACCUUGGUCUUCUCUGGCCUUUCACAGAGUGCCCAUUGGCCCUGAGUAAGGCAUGUAUGUAUUCCCUGAAUAGGUUCUAGCUCUUUCUCUGUGGCGUAGAUAGCUCUGACCAUCAUAUUCACUUUGUGCUAGUAUAUUCGUUCUUGGCUCUCUCCGCUUUUAUUUAUAAGUAAAGUGCUUUAGGAAUUCCCAGGGUAUAAGCCCUGUCCCCACAGCCUCCUGCCACUCUUCCUCCUGGGGACAUCCCGCUUUGAGCUGGCCCUGUGAGCCUUUGGCAAACGUCAAAGGGAACACCUACUUCUUGAUCCUGGAAAGUCCUCUGAGCACUCAGGUGAUGCUUUUCCUGUGGGUUUGACAUCAUGGGAACUGGCGGGGGGAGCCUGGUGUUGUGUCAUUGUGCCAGCUGUUGGCUAGGGACCAGUGCGCACAGGCCCUCUGCGCUCUCCCUUGCUCUCUCUGGCAAAGCUGCUCGCAGGGAAUGUGCGUACAAGCGCGAUGUGUGGUUGCAUAGCCUUGUCGAAGUCACAGUAUCUUUUCUGUCAUUCUAGUUCCAGGGUCUCUUCCAUGAGGACGACAGGCAUCCGGAAAGUGCUAACUCGCCACUUUGGGUGCUUACUGUCUCUGGCUUGUUUCCAUCACUGGAAAUCAUAUAGAGAAUUUUAGCAUUUUUGGUCCUUGGUAAAACCUAGAAGACAUUUGUGAUGUUACAAAAUGGAAGUUUUUGGUUUUUUUUUCUUUUUUUUUUUAAUCUAAGAAGUUGUGAAUGUUGUUAAUCAUUUAGCAGUUGCAAUAAAUGUAGAGGAAACCCAA